ACCUGGGGGGGGACUCAGAGACCACCUUCCAGCUGUGGCUGCAGCUCUUCCUUUGGGCCCACCUGGCACUCCGCGUUCUGGGUUACCUGCGCCAAGCUUUCGGGCUGCCCAAACCACAGCCAGCCCCCUGAGGUUUCCUGGCCAAGAGCUCUUGGGCCCCAGAUGACCCCAUCCCACCCCUUAUCCCACCCUCUGCUGGAAGGGGCAAGAAGAGGAGUGAAAGAGUUCUUAGCCAAAGCCAAAGAAGAUUUCCUUAAAAAAUGGGAAAAUCCUGCCCAGAAUACAGCCCAUCUGGAUCAGUUUGAACGGAUCAAGACCCUGGGCACGGGUUCCUUUGGGCGGGUGAUGCUGGUGAGACACAAGGAAGCUGGGAACCACUAUGCCAUGAAGAUCCUCGACAAACAGAAGGUGGUCAAGCUGAAACAGAUCGAGCACACACUGAAUGAAAAGCGCAUCCUGCAAGCGGUCAGCUUCCCGUUCCUUGUCAAGCUCGAGUUCUCCUUCAAGGACAACUCCAACUUAUACAUGGUCAUGGAGUACGUGCCCGGGGGCGAGAUGUUCUCACACCUACGGCGGAUCGGAAGAUUCAGCGAGCCCCAUGCCCGAUUCUACGCAGCCCAGAUUGUCCUGACCUUCGAGUAUCUGCACUCACUUGACCUCAUCUACCGGGACCUGAAGCCCGAGAACCUCCUCAUUGACCAGCAGGGCUACAUCCAGGUGACAGACUUCGGUUUUGCCAAGCGUGUCAAAGGCCGCACCUGGACCUUGUGUGGGACCCCUGAGUACCUGGCCCCCGAGAUUAUUCUAAGCAAAGGAUACAACAAGGCUGUGGACUGGUGGGCCCUGGGGGUCCUCAUCUAUGAGAUGGCAGCCGGCUACCCGCCCUUCUUCGCCGACCAGCCCAUCCAGAUCUACGAGAAGAUCGUCUCUGGGAAGGUUCGAUUCCCGUCCCACUUCAGCUCCGACCUGAAGGACCUGCUGCGGAACCUCCUACAGGUGGACCUCACCAAGCGCUUUGGGAACCUCAAGAACGGAGUCAACGACAUUAAGAACCACAAGUGGUUUGCCACGACUGACUGGAUUGCUAUCUACCAGAGAAAGGUGGAAGCUCCCUUCAUACCAAAGUUUAAAGGCCCGGGAGACACAAGUAACUUUGACGACUAUGAGGAAGAAGAGAUCCGGGUCUCCAUCAAUGAGAAGUGUGGCAAGGAGUUUUCGGAUUUUUAGGGGUGUGCCUAUGCCCCACGGGUUUUCUUUUUUUUUUUUUUUUUUUUUUGUU